GCCCCUGGCGGGUGCGGGCGGAAGUGCUCGGCGCAGGGCGGAAGCAGAGACGUUGGCGGCGUGAGGCUCAGAAUUAAGAUGCUCUGGUUUCAAGGAAAUAGCAUGCAACUUGCCAGAUCUGCCUUUGGACUCUUCUUGAGAAAUUGCUCUGCCUCUAAAACAACCUUGCCUGUGCUGACCUUAUUCACAAAGGACCCGUGCCCCCUUUGUGAUGAAGCCAAGGAAGUACUCAAGCCGUAUAAAAACAGGCAACUCUAGAAGGAUCAGAAGCUGCCAAGAACAAGGAGAGGAAGAUGCUCCCCUUCCUCAGCUUCCCACCCCAACAUGGCUUCUCAGUCAGUAAGAUACAACUUAACUUUAAACCAAGUCUUAAGUUUUGAUUAUAAAUUAAGUGCACCAAAAACAAUUUCAAGUGACUAUGGGGCAUUCUAUUGCCUGAGAAUGUUCAAGAGUCCCGAAAUGACCUGUUGUUUUUAUCCUAAACAGCGAAAAAUUCAUCCACCAACUAUAUAGGGAUAGAGGGAGACAGAAAGAUGCUUUCUGAAGGUAUCCCAUAUUUAGAGUAUUGGUUACAUAUACCUAAUGUUGAUUUUAACCUAUGGAUCUUCAAUAAACUUACUCAUCAAUUCUUA